AACUAUAAAUAAAUGUAUAAAUAUAGAAAGGGCAUAUAUGCUAAUUUGAGCGUGUAAACAACAACAAUGAAAACAACCUGUGAAUGUGAGUCGAGUGUUAAGCAAAACAAAACGCAGCUCGUUGAUAUUGUGGCCAAAACCUACGCAUACGAGUUGCUCAAGGAUGUGCACCUGGAACUGCCACCGCCUGACACCGGGCCAGGUGAGAGCCUUUAUACGCGCGGACACUUCAAGUAUUUCCACUACAACUGCGAUGGCCACUCGGAUGCGGGCUGGGGCUGCGGCUAUCGCACUUUGCAAACGGCCAUUUCUUGGAUCAUAAACAGGCGCAACGAAGCGGAGCGGAACGUGCCCUCGAUUCGGGAGAUUCAACGCAUGCUGGUCAGCAUUGGGGACAAGCCGUCCGGUUUUAUUGGCUCACGCGACUGGAUUGGCACAAUGGAGGAGUUUUAUGUGAUUGAUGCCCUGUUCGAGAUACCCUGUAAAUUUGUGCACGCGCAGCGAUUGAACAGCGCACAGCUGUUCACCCAAAUACGUGCUUAUUUUGAGGACUACGGCGGUUUUAUAGCCAUGGGCGGGUUAAGCGACAUGGCCUCCAAGGCCAUUGCGGGCAUACAUCUCAGCCCAACGGCGGGCGUUUCGCUGUUGAUUGUGGAUCCGCACUUUUCGGGCGUGCCCAGCUCCAAGCAGCAGCUAAUUGACAAGGGCUACGUGCGCUGGAUGCACAUAACGGAGUUCGAAAAGAGCGCGUACAAUCUCUGCUUUAUACUGCAAAAAUAAGCUAACAAAAAGAUUGUGAAGGGCAACAGAAACAGUGUUGCCAAUUUAACUAGAGUGGCCAGAGCAAUAAAAUAUGAAUGUGUACAACACUACUCGAACGUUGUUUGGCAGUGUUGCUCAGAG